AUGGAGGAAGCUGAAUUAAUUGUCAAGUUUCCAUGGAAGAGAGGGAAUUGUUUCAAUUGUUCUUUUGAUUUAAAUCAAAAUGCCAGACCUGGCGAGUAUGUUUUGCAGACAUUAUUCCUUGAGUUCUGCUCUGUGGUUGAACAAAAAAUAGAACAGGUCUUGGCAGAACCUUUGGAACGGUUCCUUUCAAGAUCUUUACAGCGAAAUGAAGAUUCUCAAUUUGAUCAGAUUCUGUCAGCACUGGGAUGUGUUGCAGAGCAAUCACUUCCUUCCCUCUUGCAAACUUUGUUCAAAUGGUAUGAGAGACAAUCCAUCUCAGAUGAUGGCAUCACCUUUGACAAAGGGCGCUCCUCCAAGACUAAAGGAGAAAAAGAUUUCCUCUGCGAAAGGAGAGAGCUGGCUGUAGAGUUUGUAUACUGCUUGGCUCUAAUUGAAAUUUUACCCAAGUUGAUUUAUCAUCCAGGCCAUGAUGACUUAGUGAAUCAUAUCAUAACACAAUCAUUCCGCCACUUUAAAUAUAAAGAUGGUAUCCAAUCCAAUCCAAAUGCUGCCAAUAUCAACCUCAUUGCUGACUUGUAUGCAGAAGUGGUUGGUGUAUUGGCACAGUCAAGGUUCUCCCAAGUACGUAAAACUUUUGUGAAUGAAUUAAAAGAACUAAAGCUAAGAGAUCAGACACCAUACACAACCCAAAGCAUCAUUAGUUUACUGAUGGGAUUGAAAUUUUUCAGAGUCAAGAUGCAUCCAAUUGAAGAUUUUCAGGCAUGUUUACAGUUUUUGCAUGAGUUAGGUCAUUAUUUUCUUGAAGUUAAAGACAGAGAUAUUCGUCAUGCCUUGUCAAUGUUGUUUGUAGAAAUCCUCCUUCCUGUUGCUGCUAACGUAAAGAAUGAAGUCAAUGUUCCAGUCCUGAAAAAUUUUGUUGAAAUGUUGUACUCUACAACAAUUGACAUGGCUACAAAGAAAAAGCACACUUUGCAUUUGUUUCCCUUGGUGACAUGUUUGUUGUGUGUCAGUCAUAAGCAGUUUUUUUUCAACAAUUGGCCUUAUUUUCUGACUAUGUGCCUUUCACAACUGAAGAAUAAAGACCCCAAAAUGUCCAGAGUGGCCUUAGAAUCUUUGUACAGACUUCUUUGGGUGUAUAUGGUACGUAUAAAAUGUGAAAGCAAUACUGCCACUAUUAGCCGUUUGCAAAGUAUUGUCAACAGUCUCUUUCCUAAAGGAUCCAAAUUAGUUACUCCAAGAGAUACACCUUUGAACAUUUUUGUGAAAAUCAUUCAGUUUAUUGCUAAGGAAAGAUUGGAUUUUGCUAUGAAAGAGAUUAUUUUUGAUCUUUUAUGUAUUGGAAGGCCAAUCAAAUUUCUUACACCUGAAAGGAUGAGCAUUGGAUUGCGAGCAUUUUUGGUGAUUGCUGACAGUUUGCAGCAAAAAGAUGGUGACCCCCCUAUGCCCCAAUCUGCAGCCAGUCUUCCUUCUGGUAAUACAGUCAGAGUUAAGCGGACAUUCCUGAACAAGAUGCUAAAAGAAGACACAGCUAAGAACAUCGGGCUUGCCUGUUAUUAUCCACAUAUCCUUAAAGCUUUUGAUUCCAUUCUUCGAGCUUUAGACCUGCAGGUUGGACGAGCAUUCCUUCUUACUAAAGCUGAACAUAUUAAUAAAGAGGCUGAAGAAAUUAUAACGGGUGAUCGUAAACCUAAGAUUGAUUUGUUUCAUACUUGUGUUGCUGCUAUACCUCGACUUUUACCAGACACAAUGACUAUCCAGGAAUUGGUUGAGAUGCUCACCAGACUUACAGUUCACAUGGAUGAAGAAUUGAAAGGAUUGGCUUUCCAAGCACUGCAGAAUUUGAUGCAUGAGAAUGUUCAUUUCAAACAACAGGUCAUCAAAGGUUUUGUCCUUUUCAUUCAACGUGACAUCAGUGAUACAAGUCCCUCCUUGCUGGAUGGUACCCUACGCAUGUUGGUACAGUUAUUGGUCCACUGGAAAAACUACCAUAGUCCUCAGCACAAGGCAAGCAAGAAAAAGGUUUUACAAGAGAAUCAAAUUUCAGCUAUUCCUACUCCCUAUUCUCAAUUGACUGUCCUUCAUGAUGUUGAGGGUUUGGCUUUAACAAUGCUCUGCAGCAUCCGAUUAGUCACUCGUAAAUUAGCCCUCCUCCUUCUUAAAGAAGUACGCUGCAUCUUCACAAAUUCUGGAAAUAUAGAUUUACAGGCAAAUGAAGUGUGCUUGUUAAGCUUGAUGGACAGAAGAAGUCCUGCAGCACUCAAAAAUUUACUUCAAUACCUCCCAUCUUCUGAAAAGGUUAUUAUUCUCACAACUAGUCAUAUUGAUCUUCAGUGGGUACUUGACAGAGCAGCAACUGUAUGGUCUACAUCAAUCAACCAGGAAUCCCCAGGAAUUCAUCAGUAUAUUAGGGCCACUACUCCCAUUGGUCAAAUUGACCCAUGGAUUCAGUAUCUUGUUGAUCUUGUCUCUUCUUUCCUUGUACUAAAUCAAUGUCAACAAGCUUUAGCUCAAGCUUGGAAUAUCAUCUAUAUUCGAUUACAAGCUUUGUUUCCUUUCAUUGAUCCAAGUGUUCAAACGAAUGAUAAUCGUACUUCCCUAAUAUUAAGGUCUGGCAGCAAGAAAGUAACAAAUGAUGGUGAUUUUUAUCUUCACCUCUGGCAUAACUAUGUGGUCUUAGCCUGUACUCUUGCACAACAAGUGAAUCCUCACCAGAAUAGUUCCAUAGAUUCAAAUGGUUCACUUGACAGUAUUAAUAAUAACAAUACCUCUGAAAAAUCAGAGAGCAAAUCAACCACACAGAAUUCAGAAUCACAAGCACAGAAUCUGUUCAAAAUGCUAGUGCCACUUUUAAAAUGUGACAAUUCUGAAAUGAAAGAUUAUGUUGUAAAUGCUUUGGGGCAUACAAACCCAGCUAUCAUCAAAGAUUUGCUAGAAGAGUUACUCCCCUUUAUAAAAGAAGCCAAUGACAAGAAAGCAGACAAAGUGAAGCAAAGAAGGAAGAGAGAUUUAAUGCGGUCACAAUUAGCCCGAAUAUUUGAACUGAUGGCUGAAAAUAAAAUAUUAGCACAAGUAAAUGCUGAUACCAUUGAAAAUGAUAGUAAAAGUCUUCAUAGCACUUUUCUUGAUUACAUUGAAGGAGCUCGACUCUACCUGGAAAGUGAAAAUGAGAAGGACUUGCCACACUUGAAAGAAAUCCGUUUGCAUUUCAGUCGUUUUAUUCAACAUCUCAUCAACAACACACCACUGAAAUAUCGAGCGACACUUCUUUCUAAGAGUGUACGCUACAGUCUAUUCCAUCUUUUAGCCAACUGGAGUGGGCGUUUCAGUCACAUUUUUCCCAAUUUGGAACAAAGAAUAUUAAAAGAAGAACAACUAACAAACUUAGAAGUAGCUUCAGCAGGAGCUAUGUCUGCAGUAUUGUGUUGUGGACCAGUAUUUGACCAAAAUGGACUUAGUGAUGAUGGUUACAUCUACACUUGGCUCAACACUUUACUUUCUUGUCAAAAUGAAACAAUUUACUUAAUUGCUAAAGAGACGGUAGUAUUUCUACUUGAUUUUAAUCCCGAUGUCUUGAACUUGUUAGAUUGGGUCAUUGAUCAGUGUUACACAGGAGCCGAUGUUGUUGCAGAUUGCUGUUUAAGUGCUCUAACAACAGUCUUCCUCACAAGGGAAUAUCCAUGUGAUCAUGUGUCAAUGUUGAAUCUAGCUGUAAUAAAUGUUGGAAAUCCUCGUUUAAGGAUCCAUGAAACAGCUCUUCAGCUUCUGCAACUUUUAGAUACCAGGUUUUUCCAAGAGGAUCCAGUGUUCACUGACAGCCUUGAUGAAAUGUUCCAGCAACAAGUAUUAAAAGCUCCCCUCAAUGAUAUUCAAUUUGCAACAUUUUAUUCUCGAUCUCAGGAGGUUUUAGCAGAACAAUUGGCUAUUCUCCAUCCAGACUAUACAAUGCCAAUGUUUUCAGAAAUCACACAUCGGUUCCAAACAGCAAAACCCGCUCUUCGUCAAAUACUGCUCAAUUGCUUGUUGCCGUGGCUUUACAAUAUGGAACUUGUUGAUCCAAAUAUCUGUACUGCCAACACAAUACCAAAUAUAUUUUGCCAGCAGGACACAAACAAUGAGAUUAUCUUCAAAUCACCCCUAAAGGGUGAUGGUUGGGGUUCUACCCAAGCAACAGAGAUGGUCCUCAACAACUUAUUUUAUAUUAGUGUUAAGUUUGGGGAUGAUCAUCCAAAAGAAACUGAAGCUCUAUGGACUGCAUUGGUAAUGGGUUGGCCACAUAAUCUCCAAGUGAUCAUUCAGUAUAUGGUGGUCAUUUCAAAUCUGGCCUCUAGCACACUUUUAGUAUAUAUUAAACGAGUAAUGACAUACUUGGGAAGAGCAAUGCCAGAAAGGCUCAUUGAACAUUUGAUGGUUGAGUUAAAGGUAAGUUUUUGGGAUUUGAUUCAUCAUGGUAAAAUUAUCUAA